AUGAGGAAGACUGCCUUUGUGACACCUACUGGCCAUUAUGAAUAUCUCAUCAUGCCGUAUGGAUUGGUCAAUGCCCCCUCCGUAUUCCAGGAUUCUAUGAAUGAGGCCGAACAUCGCUUGCACGUCUCUGAGGUCCUCCAAUGGCUCCGAGAACACAAGCUGUAUCUAAAAGCUGAGAAGUGCACGUUCCACCAGGUUUCAAUCCAGUUCCUCGGGUAUCAGAUCAGCUCCCAAGGUAUCAAGAUGGGCGAGGGGAAGGUUGAAGCCAUGAAGACCUGGCCCAAACCCACUACCAUCAAAGAACUCCAGCAAUUCCUAGGUUUUUCGAAUUUCUACAGACGCUUCAUUCACAACUACAGCUCCAUCACUGCACCAUUGACCAAUCUCCUGAAAGGCAAGCCCAAGUCUCGGUCCUGGACGCCCGAAGUCACCUCAGCCAUGAAGACCCUCCAAAAGGCCUUUACGUCGUCUCCACUCCUGGUCCAUCCUGACCAACAGAAGCCCUUCAUAGUUCCACUUCGACUAUGA